CGAUCUUUCAUUAAACCUUCAAAGAGAUAAUUUAAAGUUAAAUAGAUUUCUAAUUGUUUGAACACCCAAUCAUUAUUCAUGUAUUUUCUAUUCGAUGUUUUAUAUUGCUUUAAUUUCAAUAUUUAUUGAAAUAACAAUAUGUUCUCAUGUAGGUAGCAGCCUGUUCAACAAUCGCCUGACUAGAACCGACUGUUGGAGUGAAGAUGACUUGGCAAAGUUACGAGCCCGGAAAAUAUUUGAACAGAUGGUACCACCAAAUGUGGCUCCAGAUAAGAUGGAUACUAAAUACAUAAGAGACAUAUUAAGAUAUUUUCGAAAAUCGUUAUCCCUAGCAAAUAUUCCGGAUGAUAAACAUACAGCUUCUUUAUUAAAAGAAUCACUCGCUGAUACGAUUGGAGCUCACCUGAGAAGUGAUAUAUUACCUACAGCUAGACUCGCUUAUUAUGCUGGCUUUGUUCCCUAUAGGAGCGUUAGGGAAUUACAUAGCUACUACGAUAAAAUAAAAGUUUUUCUCAAUACUCAAGGAUUAGGUUGGAAAAAACCAAAAAGAAUACCGGAUUUGAGUAAUAUCAAAGUUGAUAAAAUUCAAGUGGGUGCUGGAAAGUUUUUCGACCCGUGUAACUUUUUAGUUACGAAACGGGAUACCAAUUCUUGUAUUCAUUUACCGCCACCCAAGAUUGACGAUCACAACGAACCUUCUGCUAUGGCGCUUCCGUUUAGGUCAAACGGGUUACUAAGUUUGACGUCACCGAAAUCUGAAGAUGUAUUACUAAAAUAUUACACUACCGCAUCUCGAUGCCUUUUACGACGAUCACCAGAUACAUGUCGGCAUACUGAUUUCGUCAGUUUUAAUAAUGAAAUUUGGCACUGGAUGAAACGCGACGUCGCUCCACAUCUCGUAGAUGAGAAAUUGUACGCAGCAUAUGGGGGUGUUUUAAGAAUAGCAGCUGCCGCCCAAAACUAUGGCAAGGGGCUUUCACGGCGUAAUCUUUUUGAAUUUCAGGACGCUGAGGUGUCAAAAUGGCAACCUUGGAAGAAGUUGAAAGAUUCCUAUGUUUAUUUAAAUACGGAUUGGACCCCUUAUAUUUAUAUUAUUUUCAUUCUUCUCGUUGGGGUUGCUAUAUGUUUACUUCAACUGUUUUAUAGCUAUAUUUUUGGUGACGAUGAUGCAGCAGGUUGCCACUGCAAGGGGCGACCUAGUAGAUCGUCAUGUAGCAAAGACGUCGCCUAUGCAAAUGUGGAAUCAAAUAUUCCAGCAAUGUUGCCUCGUCAUAAAAAUAACGUUUAUUAUUUGGAAGAGCAGCGCACUAAACGUAGUGUAGGCUCAAAGAUUAAAACUUCUUCCUUGAGUUCGUCAAAGACGCAACGCGUGUACGAUUUAAACGAAAAUAAAGAAAAAUUGAUGGAUGUUAUUUUGAGUGAAAACAGCGAUUCGAGUGAUGCAUCGUUAGCAACGAAAAAUGGAGAACACAGCAACGUAAUUGAUGUCGGUCGCGAGGACAGGGCGAAGAGCCCGCCAAAAAUUGAAACGUCAGUUGAUGAAGUGAAGGUUUUAAAGAGGGGUGCAAAGGUUUGUCCCCAAAUGUACUCUACGACGACGGCUACUCGUUCUGCGACUUAUCGCAAUGAACAUGCCACGGAAUCUGUGUGGUCCGAAUCAGAUAGCAGUUCUUCAGAGCAAAGCGUGACGUCGGACAGUUCUAAAUCGCGAUGCAGGCGGUCCAGAAGCUCACGCGACUUGACUUGGGCCAGACGAGUGGUCUCAAAGCAUUCGCUACAAGCCAAAUCCACUUCUGCUACGGAAUUAGAUGUCACCUCGUUUACAACACCACCUUCGCGCCGUUAAAAUUCGAUUUUAAAAUUAUUUUUAUUUGAUUACAAAUAUUUUAUUUUUAUUUUAUAAGAUAUGUUGACUUCAGUUAAGAAUGAUUUAAAGGUUUUAAGGGUGUGCAAUUUUUUAUUAAUAAAACUUUUGAUAAUAUAAAUGAAA